ACACUGGUGGUAAAACUUUUUUAUUGUAUCUGGUCAGCCAGCAGGAUGGCGCUGAGCCGAGGCUGCCUGUCAGGCCUGGCGCGGAGGGAUCGGUGGCUGGAUGCCGGCUCAAGAUGUCUGACAGUUUCAGCGGUCUCACUGCAUAAAACACGAUGGAUGCCGACGGCACCAUCCAAGGUUUAUCGUGUGCCCAAACGGCCGGAGAUCCCACAGGAAGACCGAGUGGAACUUAAAAACCUCUACAACAGUUACCGAACGGCAAUGAAGUCAUUGAACGGGUACCUGCGCGCCGACUGGCAGCGGCGUCAGAGCAGCCGCGCCCAGCCCGGCCACGUGCUCUCGCCGGAGGAGGAGGAGGCGGAGCACCGCCAGCUGAUGGAGCUCAACCGGGCCGAGAACGCGCGCAUGGCCGCCGAGCGUCAGGCUAGGCUGAGUGAUAAGGCGGAGGCGAUCCGGAGGAAGGUGGAGCGUCUGCAGCAGGAGGCCCUGGAGCAGCAGCAGCGUGACCACGAGACGGCUGUCAGCCUGAUCCGCACGCAGGAGGAGAUAUCACGUCUAUACAUCCCUCGGGAGAAGCUGGAAGAGGCUAUAGAGAACGCCAUAAACAACGAGACCGACUACAACUACGCCAUCGACCGGGAGGGCCGGCGGUGCGAGGGCCGUCUCACGAGGCCGUCGUAGCGUCUCAGAGCCGCGGGCUGCGGCCGGCUGGGGCUGUGGCUGCCGCCGUGAGCCGAAGUGCUUACUGCUUGCCGGACACCGUGCGUCUAACUCAGAUCACUGGGAACAGCGAGUGACUGGCUACCGUGACUACUCGUGUCUCCCAAGGUAUUGCGCGGCACUUUUGACGUUUUUUAUAGUGUGGAAUGCUUGUGAUCGUCGAGUCUGAUGAAGUAUCGAAGAGAUGGCACUAUUGUGUUCUAGUGUAUCGCUAUUCGUUUUUGUGAAACAUGGAGGUCCUGAUAUUGGCCUUUUUAUAAUUGAUAUUGAAAAGGAAUUUCGAGAAAUAAGAUGCACUAAUCCGUAAAGUAACUUUCGUAAACGGAACUGGUUUUCCUCGAGUUGUCUGCUUUAAUACCAGUUCAAGUGGCUCUCGAUAACACACACAGGCGGAUGAAACUUUGGCUGGCGAAACGUGAUUAUGAAAUGUCUAAAAAAAAAGUCUUCUUCAGUUUAUAGAGUAGGGAUCAUGUCAUGAUCAUGAUCAAAGGAUCAUGUCGACUAUGAAGUUCCAGAGUUUAGAAUUGCUGAAGCUACUUAAGUCUCCUCCAAGUCGAAAGAGGCCGACUGCACGGGGCAAUGUUUAUGGAUUUUUAGACGGCACGUUGCCAGGCGGGUGACACAAACAUUACCGACACAUUGAGUCAGACAAACAGAUUUCUCCACACCAUGGUCGCCGAUGCCGUGACACACCUCAGUUAUCGCGAUAGCCCCAGCCGACAUCUGUACCCCCCCCCCCCUCUCGGUAUGCCGCCGCGAUCCCACAGAGGUCACGUGACGCGGAUGGCCCCGGCGGUUAUUUGCCGACGGCGCGCGGACAGAGGUCACGUGACGCGGAUGGCCCCGGCGGUAAUCUGCCGACGGCGCGCGGACUUCGGUCCGGCCGGUGGCUAUCUGGCGCCGUCAGCGGUCGGCUGGCGGCCACCAGACGACACCAGUGGCCGGCAGCCGGCGGAAGGGUGCAGUGACUGUGACUCGGCCAGCCUUUCCCCUGCCGCCACCAUGCUGUUCUCUCUGGCGAUGGCCGCUGUGGUGACGCUGGCCCUGUACCGGCUGUACGCCGGAGACGUGCCGCCGCGCGUCAUGUUCGACGUCUACACGCGCCCGGGCAUCUUCUACUACCCCAAGGUGGCCACCUUCUGGCUCUUCCUCACCUUCAGGAAGUGGAAGGCGGCGCGGGACCAGCGGCGCGGAGCCCAGCCGGGCGCCGCCGCCGGAUACGGUGUCAAGUCGCGCGCCUCGCCGGCUGAGAUGGACUGCGUGCAGCCGCUGGCCGAGCACCCGCGCGCGCUGGACGCCGUGCUGUUCCAGGGCGCGGCCGGCGACGGCUCGUGGCUGGUGCUGGCGCUGGCGCGGCGGCCGCGCGGCGUCUCCAACACCAUCUGUCUGGUGACGCUGCCGGGCGUGGGCACGCUGCAGAUGGAGCGCCACCCCGACACCACCGUGUUCGGCGACGAGCACUCGCACGCCGGCGGCGGGUUCCGACUCACGCCGCUGGAGCCCAUGCGCUGCUGGAGACUCCAGUUCUCCGGAAAGAUGCGUCUCGACGAGAAACUGGUGGACGUGACGUUCGACCUGACGUACCGCUCCGACCUGCCCUACUUCGACUUCGACACGGACAUGGCGCCGCUGGCGGUGGCGCGCGCCAUGGCGCUCGAGCCGUGGACGCGGGAGUUCUUCGAGCGUCUGCGGGAUGCUCACCAGACGCACUACGAACAGAUCGGCACCACCAGCGGCACGGUGACGGUGUCGGGCCGCGAGCAUCGGCUCCAGGUGACCGGUAUGCGCGACCACAGCUACGCGCGCUACCGCGACUGGACGCUGCUGCACCGCUACGGCCUGCACACGCUCAUCAUGGAGGACGGCACGCGCGCCCAGGUCGGCGUCGUCUCGCAGCCCUACUCGUUCUCGCGGAUCGAGCUCGGCUAUCUGUACACCCCGGAGGGCCGGCUGCACGCGCUCGACUGGUGCGAUCUGGAGCUGGGCUACCACGGCGAGCAGGGCACUCCGCCGGCCGACUACGGCUUCAGCUUCGGCGCCGGCGGCCGCACCUACCACGCGCUGGUCAAGGUGGAGGACGUCCAGGAGGUGUACAUCGGCUGGGAGUGGGAGGCGCGCAUCCUGGAGCGCCGCUGCUCGUACCGCGUCAACGGCCUGUCGGCGCACGGCGUGUCGGAGUGGUACUACCGGCACCACGGCGGCCGGCCGGAGCGCUACGCCAGCGCCGACCCCGCCUGGAGCCGCGACAUCGAGAAAUGAGGCCCACCGCCGGGAGCCGCGACAUCCGGAAAUGAGAGCGUGCCCUGACGAACAUGGUCUGGGUGGGAGAGGGUGGGAAAGUGGCCAUGAAUGCGAAAAGUGAAAGACAUACAAAGAGGCGUUGAAUUGUCAUUACAAGUAUGCUGUGUUGUGAUUAUAUGCACUUUUUUAAGUCCGCAAUCCGCAUAUGCAUAGAAAACGAUGCCUAUGUAUUUAGUACACUACAGACAACGGGACAAUGCGGACUAGGAAUAAAGCACGAGCAAAGGGCAUCAUUUUGUCUGACCCCCCCCCCCUACACACACACUUGUCCCAAGAGAUCCAGUAUGAGUGUAAAUUGAACGCUGUAAUGACCAAA